AUGUCCAUAACGUCUGUGAAAUUAGGAGCACUUGCUCUAGUUCCACGCAAGGACGUGCUCGCCUCGACCUUGAGUCUUGAUUUAGCGUGCUCGAAGGGGCAGCAGCACCAGCAGCGCCAGCAGCAGACAAGGUUCAGCCUCCAACAUUUUCAACGCAGAGCUGCGUAUUGCAUCUAUUCCGUCUGGCUCUUUACUUUCAGCGACAUCAAAACCAUCAUCGCGCCCAGUUUUGCAUUUGCUAUUUUCACGGCACCGGCCGCGUCGGUUUUCGGCAUCUCGCCGGUUCCCCAGGCCGCCGAUAUCCUACGCAGAGCCCCUCUCGCGGUCUUCUGGCUUUGGAUCAAUCUUCUCCCGUUCGCCAUAGAUAAUCAACGCCAGCCGGACUCCAUCGCCGAGGAUGCGCUGAACAAGCCAUGGCGUACGAUGCCCUCGAAACGUAUGACCCCUUCCCAGGCGCGGACUCUUAUGCUCUGCUUGUACCCCCUAGCGCUAGCGACUAGCCUAUGCAUCGGCGGCACGAAGCAGUGCAUGUCGCUGAUGGCGCUGGGAUUCUGGUAUAAUGAUUUGCGUGGUGGCGAUGAUAGCUGGGUGAUUCGGAACCUGAUCAACGCCUGUGGCUUUAAUAGAUUCGCAUCUGGGGCACUCGAGGUCAUGCUCGGUGGGAAGCGGCACACGGCAACUAGCACGCUCAUGCUCUGGCAGCUCUCCAUUGCCGCAAUCGUUUUCACUACCGUCCAGACGCAGGAUAUGUACGACCAAUUGGGUGACGGCCUGCGCGGCCGCCGCACUAUUCCCCUCGUAUUUGGCGAUUCACAGGGACGCUGGUCCAUCGCUGUGCCCAUGGCCUUCUGGUGCUUCUUCUGCCCAUGGUACUUGGGCAGUCCGCCUGCCGGCUUUGCCAUCUCUGUCGGGCUGGGUGGACUAGUGGCCGCCAGGACUCUGAUGUUUAGGAGCGUGCCAGCGGACAAAACGACGUUCAGGUGGUGGAAUCUGUGGUUGGUCACGCUCUACGGCUUGCCCUUGCUGAAAGCCGUGUACACGGAGAAUGCGUUUGAGACGUAG